GCUGCCAGCCCUGCUGAAGACGGCCCGCCAGGGGGACAAGCUAUACUGUCAGUACAGCCUGGGGGACCGUCGGUUCCACGAGAGGCUUCUGUGCGGCCACGUGGACGGCUCACGGUUGGAGGUGGCGACGCCUGGUACCGACGUGUACGCGGAUGAUUUCGCCGACGAGAAUCUCGUGGAGAUCCACCGAGCUGGCCCUCGAGGGGGGGCCCCGCCUCAGCUGCGCAAGAAGAUGCUGUACCAGCUCGGCCUGGACGAGCAAGCUCGGGCCGCCCUCCUCGCGGGUACCGGCGGUGGACCCCUGCCGCCAGUGCAGCUGGACGACGACUGGGUCGCCCUGGAGUCGCGGCGAGGCUUCAGGCGGGGCUCGUCAGUGGACGUCGCGUUCGCCUCCGUCUACGCCCUGGGCGACCGCGACAGGGCCUCGUUCCCGGAGGAGGUCAUCGUGCUGGAACGAGUGGGGACCCUCUCCGAGGAGGCGCCACCUGCUCCACGGGACGCACGGGAUGAUGUCCUGGACGAGCGCAUCCUGAGGUACCGGAGGAGCGGUGCGGACCAGCGGCGGCACGCCUUCUCGGAGGUGGCUGCCGAGCAGCGCGAGGUGCCCAGGACGCAGGAGUGGCGCGUGCAAGGGCCCGCUACCAUCGACUGGCUGCUUCAGGCGCAUCUGGAGCAGGGUAGCGGGCUUGUCCAGCGGCACUACUGGUGGAGUCAGAUCCGAGGGCUGGCGGCUGCUGACCCUGGGAUCGACGCGCAUUUGUUCCUGUGCGGGCUGAUCGAGACGGCCUCCACGGCCGACCAGCUCAACCUCCUCGGCGGCGAGGCGUCCGAGCUGGCAGCCAGGCGAUUCCAGCUGCGGGAUGAGGUGUGCUCCGAGGCCCUGCGCCAGGUCGAGGUCUCAAGCACGACGGGGGCCACGGCAGACUCGGACGGCGGGCUGGGCGCGCGCAGGAUCGUCCUCAGCGGCUCCCGCUCCAAGGGCCGUGCUCUCGUGGCGCCAUCCUUGGAGGUGCACGUGGCGGAGAAGAUGCAGGAGGAGGGCGCCAUCCUCAAGGAGAGGCGCCAGGGCAGAGAGGAGCGCCGCAUGGCCCGCGGCGUGGGGAGGGCCGCCACUGCGGUGGUGAUGGCGGCCUCGGCGCAAGGAGUCUCGGACACGGGCAUCGCGCGCGACGUCCUGCCCCUCCCGCUGGGCGUGGCGCUCGACGAGCUGCUGCACGGUGCGGCGGCACGCCUUCUGCCGCACGGCGGCGGUCGGCGCGGGCGGCAGCGCAGGCAGCAGGAGGUCUGGCUGCGCGAGGGCAUCGCUGCGCUGAACGACCUCGGUGGGCGCGGGAUGGACGCCCCCGCGGGGGCCCCUGCGGCCUGCCAGGUCACUGCCGUGCGGCGCCUCGCACAGCUCUACGGCAGGGUGGAGCCGCCGCCGUCCGACCUGACUCCCCUGGGGGCGUGGCAGACGCUCCAGGCUUCGCGGAACGGCUAUGCAGACGUCAUGGCCGAAGGUGCUUCGACAACCUACAGGAAGGGGGCCAUGGCGCUCCCGCGGGCUGCGGCGGGGCGGGCUCCCAGGGUCUGCGCCAUGGACCCAGUGUUGCAGCGGCAUGGCUACCAGUAUGGCGAGUGCCUCUCCGAGCUGCUCUCUGCGGGCAUCAUUGGGUCUAAUGCCCAUUUCCAGGACCCCCCCUACACGCUGCUCGCGAGCGGGGAGGCCCUGGCGAACUUGGAGGUCAACGCUGCUGGAGGGAUUGCUGUGGCCUCUGGUGACGUCGAGUGCUGCUUCUACCAGUGCGAGCUGCCGCCGUGGGCACGUGCCUUCUUCGGUCUGCCAGCGGUCCAAGCCCGUUUCUUGGAUUCGGCAGCCCGCCAGCGCCUGGGGGUUUCAGACCCUUCGGAGAUGAUCCACUUCGUUGCCAGAGUAGUCCCCAUGGGCUGGUCGUGGGCCGUGCACCUCAUCCAAGAGGCCCACGCCCAUGUCUUGAGCAACAUCAGCCCGGACGCGCCCUGGAUCGCAGACAAGGUGCCCACACCUGCGCUGGGGACUCAGUGCGCCACCGCCAAGAUGCUAUACAUCGACAACGUUGCAGUCUUCACGUCAGGCAGCGGCGACCCCGCGCUGGAGGUGGAGCGCAUGCUGGCCGCCCUGGGCGCGCGGGGGAUUCAGGUUUCCUUUGACCGCGACGAUGGGGACAUGCACGCCCUGCUCGGCUUCGUGCUCCACAAGCCCUCGGCCACGUGGCGCCUGUCGCACAACAAGUUUUGGCGGCUGAAGUUUAGCCUCGAUUUUGUACUGACACCUGGGCGUCUUGUCACGGGGCGCGAGCUCGAGAGGCUGAUGGGCCAUAUCACCGCGGCUGUCAUGCUGCAGCGGCACAUGCUCUCACUCUUCCAUGCGAUCUACGAGUUUUGCAGGCGGUCGCGUGACGAGCGGCAGCCUCUCUGGUCGUCGGUGAAGCGGGAGCUCACGUGGUUCAGAGCGCUGCUUCCCUGCGUGACCGUUUCGCUGAGCCGCCCCUGGUGCGAACGGGUCACCGCCGCGGACGCCUCCCCAUGGGGGUUCGGCGUGGUGGAGCAGUCGUGGCCCAUCAGUGAUGUUCGGCGAGUUGGCAGUCUUUCGGAGCGCAGUCGCUGCAGAGGAGUCCUGACGGCGGAUUAUGCCCCCAGGGACGCGCUGGUCGAGCAGCAGCUCCUCCACGCCACGGCGGACGAGGUCACCGCGGAGGGCACCCUGACCCACUUUGAGGAGGUGCCGGCAGCGCGGCUCUUGGCAGACCCGUGGUCGGUCGCGGCCGCCCGUCGCUGGCGGCGGGCCGCAGCCAUCCACGUCCUGGAGGCUGAGGGGGCGCGCUGGGCCGUGCGGCGCCUCGCGCGCAACUCGCAGCUGCAUGGACAUCGGCACCUCAUCCUGGGUGACAUCCUCGGGGUGGUCUGCGCGUGUGAAAAGGGCAGAGCUGCGCACUUUGCACUCAACGUCGUCUGUCGGGAGAUCUGCGCUAUCGCAGUCGCCUCUGGGAUGCAGCUCGGGUUCAGGUGGAUCCCAUCAGAGCUCAACCCUGGUGACGCUCCCUCUCGCAGGUUCAUGCCGGGCGCGAGCCCCGCCUACGGCAAGCGCGCCCGCGAUGCAGCGGAGCCCAAGCCGGCGCCGACCACCCGGCGCGCCUCCGACUGGAGCGGCGGGCACGGGCCGCCAGGCCCUUCGGGCUCCCGCCGGGGCUGGACAUCCCAUGCGCCGCUGAGCGACAGGCCCGCAGAGGGCUGCUCGCAGCGGGUGCCGCUGUGUCGGCGGCGCUCGCGACUGGCGGCGCGUCGGGUGCGACACAUCACCGUGCGUUCGUACCUGCUGGUGCUGAUCAUGCGCUCGGGCUCGCCGCGGCUGCUGGCGCUGCCAGGUUGGAUCCCCGCGCAGUCGGGCGAGACGCUGGUGGACUACUCCGAGUGGACUCUCGACCGCGGCACGGGCCAGGAGGCGUCCUCUCGCACCCGCUGUGCCGUGGCUGGGGGCGAGCCCGCGCUAGGAAGGCCCGUUCGGCGCCGUUGUCCCCCGGCGAACGCGUCGCUGUCAGGCGGGACGCAGCGCCCGUCGGGCCUCUCCCGCCAGCCGCUGCCGCGGGCGCCUGCGCGCGCGAUGGCGGCCGUGCUGGCCUCGCGGGGGAAGCCAGACCCGGGGCGGUGCGUCUUGGUGGCGUGCGACCUGUGCCCGUCGGAGACCACGACCUUGCUGGAGCUGCUGUUCGUGAGCUCGCACCUGCAGCGCCUGGCCGACUUCCAUGUUGCUUGUCAAUACCUCAAGCUCGAAGGUUUGGACUGCUCGCCGCACUUCCGUGGGCACGGCGACGCGACACAUGUCUGCGUUGCAGGGUACCGCGCACCGCUGGAGGUGCGGAGGCGAGAAACAUGGAGGGCGACUUCACCAGUUCAGAGGUACGACAAGGCCGGUUGGCUGGCGGUGGUCAGGCAGGCCCUCAGCAGCGCCCAGAGGAGGGGCUGCGAGAUCUGGGCGGUGGCCGCCCCGCAGCUCUUCGUCAUCGCCUACGUGCUGCCCUCCGCGCCG